GCUGCUGCUGCUGCUGCUCCUGGCGCUCUCGCUCACGAUCCCUCUCACUGCAGACCCGCCGGCGCUCACCGGCCACCGCCCGUCUUCUCUCCCCUGCCCCUGCUCCCGCCCCCGCCCCCCGCCCCCGCGUUCGGGGCACGAUGUGGCUGCGGGGCUGUGCGGGGCUGCGGGAGGCGGCGCGGCUGGUCCUGCCCCUGGCCGGCGGGGCGGUGUCGGGGUCGGGGUCGGGGUCGGGGUCGGCGUCGGGGUCGGCGUCGGUGCGGCCCGGGACGGUCCGGACGCCGUGGCGGCCGCUGUCGGGGUCCCCGUCGGAGAUCCUGCAGGAGCUGGGCCAGGCCGGAGCGGGAGCCGGAGCGGGAGCCGGAGCGGGAGCCGGAGCCGGAGCCGGGCCGCCGGCCGGGGCCCCGCCGCAGAGCCCCCCCCAGGACGGGCCCGCGGGACCCGCAGGAGCCGCCGCCGCCGCCGAAGGGAAGGACCCGCCGCCACCGGACAGUAAGAUAAAGCAGGGUCUUCUCCCCAGUCUGGAGGAUUUGCUGUUCUAUACCAUUGCAGAAGGGCAAGAGAAAAUACCCGUCCACAAAUUCAUCACGGCGCUCAAAUCUACGGGCUUGCGCACCUCCGAUCCCCGGCUGAAGGAGUGCAUGGACAUGCUACGAUUAACUCUCCAGACCACCUCGGAUGGCGUCAUGCUGGACAAGGAUCUUUUUAAAAAGUGUGUACAAAGCAACAUUGUGUUGCUGACUCAAGCCUUCAGAAGGAAGUUUGUCAUUCCAGACUUUAUGUCUUUCACCUCUCACAUCGACGAGCUGUAUGAAAGCGCGAAGAAGCAGUCGGGAGGAAAGGUGGCCGACUAUAUCCCUCAACUGGCCAAGUUCAGCCCUGACUUGUGGGGAGUGUCGGUUUGUACGGUGGAUGGACAGAGGCACUCGAUCGGAGACACCAAGGUGCCAUUUUGCCUGCAGUCCUGCGUGAAGCCCCUGAAAUACGCCAUUUCCGUGAAUGACCUGGGAACGGAGUACGUGCACCGUUACGUGGGCAAAGAGCCAAGUGGACUGCGUUUUAACAAGCUGUUCCUGAACGAAGACGACAGACCGCACAACCCAAUGGUGAACGCCGGAGCCAUUGUCAUCACGUCACUGAUCAAGCAAGGAGUAAACAACGCGGAGAAAUUUGACUAUGUGAUGCAGUUUCUGAACAAGAUGGCGGGGAACGAGUACGUUGGAUUCAGCAAUGCCACGUUUCAGUCUGAAAGAGAAAGUGGGGACCGAAAUUUUGCCAUCGGAUAUUAUCUGAAGGAAAAAAAGUGUUUUCCCGAAGGCACGGACAUGGUCGGCAUAUUAGACUUCUACUUCCAGCUAUGCUCCAUCGAGGUGACCUGCGAGUCCGCCAGCGUGAUGGCCGCCACCCUGGCCAACGGCGGCUUCUGCCCCAUCACCGGCGAGCGGGUGCUGAGCCCCGAGGCCGUCCGCAACACGCUGAGCCUCAUGCACUCCUGCGGCAUGUACGACUUCUCCGGGCAGUUCGCUUUCCACGUGGGGCUCCCCGCCAAGUCUGGCGUGGCCGGCGGCAUCCUUCUGGUGGUCCCCAACGUCAUGGGCAUGAUGUGCUGGUCCCCUCCCCUGGACAAGAUGGGCAACAGCGUCAAGGGAAUCCACUUCUGUCACGAUCUGGUGUCCUUGUGCAAUUUCCACAACUAUGAUAAUUUGAGACACUUUGCCAAAAAACUCGAUCCUCGCAGAGAAGGUGGAGAUCAGAGGGUGAAGUCCGUCAUCAACCUGCUGUUCGCCGCCUACACGGGAGACGUGUCCGCCCUGCGCAGGUUCGCCCUGUCGGCCAUGGACAUGGAACAGCGUGACUAUGACUCCCGCACCGCCCUCCACGUCGCCGCCGCUGAAGGGCACGUGGAGGUCGUCAAGUUCCUGCUGGAGGCCUGCAAGGUCAACCCUUUCCCCAAGGACAGGUGGAACAACACGCCGAUGGACGAGGCGCUGCACUUUGGCCACCACGACGUGUUCAAGAUCCUGCAGGAAUACCAGGUCCAGUACACGCCGCCCGGAGACGCCGGCCACGACGGCGCCCAGGGCAGCCAGACGGCGCACAAGAACCUGGACGGGCUGUUGUAGCCGCCCCCGGCCCUCCCCGCCCC